AUGGCCCCGUUGCUUGACUACGCCUCCUUUUUUGUUUCCUUCAGCACAGGUGUCAUUCUGACACUCUUGUGUGCGCGUGGCGGUGGGUGCGGCAAUUGUUGGCCGCCAGCUCUUUUUCGUCUGAAGGGGCGACAGGCACAUGCCUUCUUAGCGCACCGUCAUGAGCCACUCAAGAUGACACUUGUGGUCCGGAAGGAUCUGAAGAUGGGCACAGGGAAAAUUGCGGCGCAGUGUGCACAUGCGGCGGUGGCUGUGGUGGAGAAGGUGGAGAGCCGCCGUCAGAAGGGUGACACGACCACGCCGACCCCCCGCGCCGCGCAUGAUGAAUGCGUGGAAGCAAAUGAGGGCGCUCACUGGGAUGAGUGGGUUGCGUGGUACGACGCCUGGAUGUUUGCUGGCGGCACGAAGGUCGUGCUGCAAUGUGAAAGUGAGGAAAAACUGAUGGACGCAUUCCGUGAGGCCAAGCAGGAAGGGCUGCCACACGCCGUGAUACGCGAUGCGGGGAGGACGCAGAUUGCGCCUGGUAGCAAGACCGUUCUGGCGGUUGGUCCGGCGCCCAUCAAACUCGUUGAUCGUGUCACGGGAAAAUUUAAAUUGCUGUGA